AUGAUCUUCCGCUCUGCGCUUCCUGAUAUUGAAAUCCCAUCAUUGGGCGUCUACCAAUACGCAACGCGAAACGUAAAUAGAAUUGAUGAUAGCAAGCCGGUAUACAUCGAUGCUGUGACUGGUGCCGAGUUGACCUUUGGUGAUUUAAAGAGGGACUCAAAGAGAUUGGCAGCCGGAUUACAGGAUAGGCUCGGUUUGAAGAAGGGUAACGUUGUAGCUGUAAUCUCACCUAAUCAGAUCGACUAUGCCGUGGUCUUCUUUGGCAUAAUUGCAGCCGGUGGUAUCCCAACAUUAGCAAAUCCCGGGCAAACGCCGAAAGACUUCCAAGCUCAACUCUACGAUUCAACCGCCUCAAUCAUAAUUGCCCAUCCGAUCGCCUUGGCCACUGUUCUUGAAGUGGCAAAAAACUACAAGUUUCCACUGUCAAAGAUUUUUCUUUUCGGUGGGGAAGAAAUCGAUGGUAUCAGACCAUACACGGAUCUAUUAGGAGACCGGGAAGCCGAACCGGUUGUAUUUACGGAAAAAGAACUUAAAGAAACACCAGCGUUUUUGUGUUAUAGUUCCGGAACAACUGGGCGGCAGAAGGGAGUUAUGACAACACAUUAUAACGCAGUGUCUAAUUUUGAACAAUAUAAGACGUCCGAGGAAGUGAAAUUACAUUCUGGCUUGGUUAUAAUGGGUUUUUUGCCUUUUUUCCAUAUAUACGGAUUGAAUGCCUUCAUCAACACAUCGCUUUCAAUAGGCUCUACCGUUGUGGUCAUUCCAAAGUUUGAUUUAACGAUCUUUUGCACAGCCAUCCAAAAAUACAAAAUCAACAUGGCCCAUGUUGUCCCGCCUGUUAUAUUAUUGUUGACAAAGAGCCCGGUCGCAAGAACCUUUGACUUUUCGAGUAUGCAAGUAUUUAUAAGCGGCGCUGCACCGUUGAGCGAGGCCUUGGCAAGCGAGUUUUAUAGUAUUUAUAAAAUACCUAUAAAGCAAGGAUAUGGUUUAACCGAGACAUCGCCAGUUACUCAUCUUGGUAGCGCCUUGAAUCCAGUUGUGGGUUCAGUUGGGAAACUUUGCGCGAACGUUGAGGCAAAAAUUAUAUCCGAAGAUGGCAAAGAGCUCGGAUAUAACGAACCCGGAGAGUUGUGCCUUCGUGGACCCAAUAUCAUGAAGGGUUAUUGGAACAACAAGGAAGCGACAGAUGCGUGUUUCGACAGCGAAGGAUUUUUCCAUAGUGGUGAUAUCGCGAUCGUUGCAAGUAUCGAUGAGGAUGGAAAUUUCUUUAUCGUUGACCGCUUAAAAGAACUAAUCAAGUACAAAGGCUUCCAGGUUGCCCCGGCUGAGCUUGAAGCCCUUCUUUUGACUCAUAAAAGCGUAGUUGAUGCGGCGGUUAUUGGUGUUUGGUCACACUCGGAAGCGACAGAGUAUCCUAUAGCAUACAUUCAAGUCAAACCAGGCGUCAAGCAGACAGAUGAACUGAAGAAAGAUAUUCAAAAAUAUGUUGCAGAUAAUGCUGCACCACACAAGAGGCUGCGUGGGGGUGUCGUUUUUGUGGAGCAAGUGCCAAAGAGCGCGUCGGGGAAAAUCUUGAGAAGAUUGUUGAAGGCCAAGAGUCAGCAUAAAUUAUGA